AGGGGCGUCCGCGGGCCGCCGCCGCUCCGCCGCGGGGAGACAAAGCGUCCUCUUGCCGCCGCCCCCCGAGCGGUUCCAGGCCAUGGGCGGUGCGGACCGUCGCGCCAGCCCCGCAGCCAGGUGAGGCCGAGCGGGCGGGGACGGCGACGGGGACGGGAUCCGCGCGGCCAUUGCCCGGGACCCGCCCGCGGCCUCCGUCCGUGCAGGGCCGCGCGCCGCUGAGGCUGGCGGUUCUGCGAUGGUGCCCUGCCUCAGUUUCCCUGGAGUCCUGGCCCCGGGGCCAGCUGAAACGCCACCGAUGGCUCCUGAGUACCUGUUCCAUACCAGACACUCAGAUUCAGGCAGAAAACCCCUCCCCUCCUGGAGCAGGCACGAAUGACCCAGGACUAGAGGUACAGAGAGGCUGACCGAGGGCACCUGAGGCGACCAGCCUGGAGGCCUGAGCUGACCUGUGAAGGCAGUGAGCGGAGCUGGGUGGGCAGCCUGUGGUGGCACAGCCUGGCCCUACAGAGCCACCACCCAGCCCUCGUUCCUCCAGACCUCGGGCGUCUUCUGCAUUCCAGGCUGUUUACAUACAUCUCGUGAAAGGCAUGGCUGCCGUCCGCAGAGCGAGGCUGUGACAGGGGACCCACAGGUUGCAGGGCCUCCUCCGAGGGGCCACGCUGGUGACACGUGUGCCGCCUCCCGGGGACGGGCGCGGGCGCUGCGGCCAUGAAGCUGAACGAGCGCAGCCUGGCCUUCUACGCGACCUGCGACGCGCCGGUGGACAAUGCGGGCUUCCUGCACAAGCGCGGCGGGCGAGGCGUGGGCUCGCACCGGCGGUGGUUCGUGCUUCGGGGCAACAUGCUCUUCUACUUCGAGGCGGAGGCUAGCCGCGAGCCGCUGGGCGUCAUCCUGCUGGAGGGUUGCACGGUGGAGCUGGUGGACGCCAGGGAGGAAUUCGCCUUCGCCGUGCACUUUGCCGGUGGCCGCUCCAGGCCCUAUGUACUGGCAGCCGACAGCCAGGCGGCCUUGGAGGGCUGGGUGAAGGCACUGUCCAGGGCCAGCUUCCACUACCUGCGCUUGGUGGUGCGAGAGCUGGAGCAGCAGCUGGCAGCCAUGCGCGAGGGGGGCCCCACCAAUGCAUUGCCUGCCAACCCAAGCCCGGUCUCGAACCCUCGCCCCAAGGAGAAUGGCCGGGCAGCGUGGAAUACGCUGCCUGAGCAACCUGCUGCAACCCCCCAGGGCCCACCACUGCCACCCCGCCGCAGGGCCUCUGCAGCCAAGGGUUCCUUGGCAACCUUCGCCCAGCUGCAUGAGCGAUACGGAUUGGAGGUGCAGGCCCUCAGGAACCAGUGGCGUGGACGGCAGGCUGGCCUAGCUGACCUAGCUGGCUUGGAGGACCCCUGGCUUCCUUCUGGUUCUGGUGGGAGCAGAACCCAGACCCAGGACCAGCCUUAAAGGGCCUACAGUUUGUGAGGGAGGCCUGAGAACAGAAGGCCCUGACAUGGUUUGGACUCAAGCCAGGCUCGCAGGGGACAUAGGACAUGUGACUCAGAAGAUCUGGCCCCUGGGGUCAGUGGCAUUUACUGCCGAGGAGAAGAAUCUGGGACCUAAACAUAUUUCAAGAGCCUGAGGAGCUGGUGUCUAGAGAACUCUGACCCAGACUGCCCUCUGACCCAGGGCAGUCUGUGUGACCCUGGAGCUGGCCUCAGGCCUGUGGGGCCCAGGGUCCACCUGAUACUGGGCAAAAAGGAUCCAAGGUCUGGGACUGAGAGUUGCUGCCUGGGCUGCUGUGGGCUGAGGCAGCAGGCAGCAGGGAGAAGGUGGAGCUUAAACUGGAUAGGUCCCCAAGGCUCCUGGCCUGGAACCAGCUAAGGCAGGACUUUGCCCGGCCCUGCAGGCAGCUGGGCCCUCGCUUGAGCCAAGGCAGGGCCUCCGAGAGCCACCCGACCUCAGCCGUGGGCUGUGACCCAGCUUCUUCAGCAGGUUCACCUGGAGGAGAUAGGCCUACGGCUGAUUUCACGCCCGCGGGAGGAAGAGUCCAGGUGCUGCCCCUGGGCCCCGGACAGGUGACUAGUGGCCUUCCUUGCCACGUCCACUUGUCCACUCUCGUCACCACAGUGCUGGCUGCCUUCCAGAGUGCUGGGCCGAACAAGCGCCCCACCCGGGUAUUGUUUACAGUCCUCCUCAGUGCCCUGCCCUGGGGCCUGGAGGACACUGUCACUGCAAUCACUGCAUUAUAUGGACAGAUUUCACCCUGGCCCCUCUCCUCUGUCCCGGGAGGCCCCGGGCUGGGGUUCCAUGGGCGCAUCUGUCGUCAGGGCCUCUUGGCUCCCUGCUGGCUCAGGGGCCAGGGCUUGGCUCUGGGUUUUUCUUUGAAGUAGGUAAGGUAUUGCCUUUGUCUUUCUCCCAGCAGUGAAGCUUAGUACUCACUCCCUCCCCCUCCACUUCCGUUAGGGUUGGCUGGCCUGGUAGGGUGGCAUUGUCCCCAGGGAGCUGGCCCUGGCAGGAGACACACAGGUGCUGGCUGUCUUGGCCCUUACCUUUCUGUGCCCUGAGCUCGGCUGUCUACACAGGUGCCUCUGGGGACUUCGUCCCUAUCCCUUCAACUCCCCCACUGUGUGGGGCUCAGGACCUUCUGAUGUGGUCCAGCUGGGAGGCUAAGGGGUAGACUCUAGCCUGGGAUGGUUUCACCAACUCUAAUAAAGGUACGGGACAGCGGGUGGGGGCAGGAGUAGAGGUGCCCCCUUUUCCCAAAGCACAAGAUGAGGUCCAGCUGAUUCUGGACCUGGGAGAGAUGUCAGCAAUGGCCAGGGUACGAGGGCCAGAAUAAAAGCUGGUCAAGUAA